AUGCAUGAUGGAUCACCAGACGCUCAUCUGGUAUUCGCUAGUCGCUCCGGGUGUGGCAAGUUCCACGUUGUAAGCCGCUUGUCAAGGUCACGAAAAUGUCAGUUGUCAAAUUUAUGGUCGACGAUCCUUGAUGACUACGGUGCAAUUAUUGAAAUGGAUUUGAAUACGACCACUAUGCUAUCCCACCCAAUAGGCCUCGGUUAUCGAUUCGGUGGACAUGGUCUGCAUUCAGCUGAUGACAGUGACCAUUUCAAACUACUGGAAGCCGAUGGCGACUCGUUGCUGGUAGGAGCUCGGUGA